UGUAAAAUGUUAUUCAAUAAACCGACAUAAACUCAGUUUCCAGGUUUCUUACUUUCCCUGCAGGUUGGAGUCACAAUCUGUUGCAACUGCUUGUCCUUGACAAAUGACUACAUUGAGUGGCUCCUUGUUUACUUAAUAAGUAAUGAUUACAUCGGGGGGUUCUGCUGCCCAAAUGACUCAAUCAUUUGCAAGUGACUGCUGCUGAAUCUGACAGACGGAGCCGUCGGGAAACAACAUAAUGAAGUCCUGGUGUGCCUUUGCUAUCCUCUGCUUAGCAUAUUUCUGCCAUGGCACUCUCUCCUGUCCACCACUCUGCAAAUGCUACCACAGAAGAGCUGAAGUGGUCUGCAAUGCGGUUCCCCUGACAGAGUACCCCUCCGAGGGAUUCCCGAAGAACACCACCAUUCUGACCAUCCAGUUUACAAACAUCACUUCUAUCUCCGAGGAGCACCUAAACGUCACACCACUGCUGCAAGGGCUCCACCUGUACAGUAACCACCUGCAGAGCCUUUCCCCUCAUCUCCUCAGAGGCGUUCCUCUCCUCAACACUUUGGAUCUUACAGGAAACAGACUAAACAACCUGCCUGCGGGCACCUUUAACCAUGCCCCGCUCAAGGACUUGGUGCUGAAGAAUAAUCUUAUUGAAAAAGCAGAGGCUGAGUGGCUCCCUGAUAACAGCAGCAUCACCUGGUUGGACUUAUCUGGGAACAGUUUAAUGAAGGUCCCGACUGCUCUUCUUCAGAAGCUGCCCCACCUGGAGAGACUGGACCUCGCCAACAACCGCCUUGAGAAGGUUUUUGCAGAUUCUCUGGACUCGUUGACCAAACUAGAGACGCUUAACCUGCAAAACAACAAGCUCGAAACACUGGAUCCAUCUGUACUUCAUAGCACCCGUAACCUCACCUAUCUGUUCCUCUCUCGGAAUAAGCUCAACAAACUCCCCACAAAUGUUUUUCAAGAGCUCUCUCAGCUCAGACACCUCAGCCUGGAUGACAACCAGCUGAGCCACAUCCCUGCAGGUUUGCUGGAGCCUCUGAGCUCUCUGGAUGAGGAGGGGCUAGACAUAACCAACAACCCCUGGCUGUGUGACGGGAAGGUGGAGUACCUCUGGAGGUGGCUUCAGAAGAACAAGAAGAAGGUCUUCCUGCCACAGACCAUCACAUGUGCCCACCCACAGCCUCUGGAGGGGCGCUCAGUAAUGUCGCUGACAGAGAGUGAACUGAAUCUGCAGUCUUAACUCUUUCCAUCCUCAUACUGGUUAAUAUCUUAUGAAGUGAUGUACCCAGUUUAGCUGUCUUACUUUACAAUCACCAGAACAUAUUCUUUUGUCAGUAUACGUAAAUGUAUAAUUGAAUAUGGUGCGAGUAAAGACUGCUUCUAAGAA